UGAUAGUACAAAAGCCAACCAUGCACGAUGCACAAUACCGGCGGAAGUCAAAAGUAUCGACCAAUGAGAUUGCGACGUACUUAGUCCAUCGCUCCAGGCUCAGUCAACAGAAAAGAAAAUUGGUCUGACGAAAGCACACCGUUAAAAAAGCUUGACUCCCUCGCCGUCAGCUAGUAGAAAAAAACCGAAACAGGGGAAAGGAAAGGAAAGGAAAGGAAAUGGCGUUCUCGGAGAAGAGAGAAAACAACGGCGCCGCCGAAGACAGCAAUCACUCUCGCCUAAUCAAGCUCCGGGAAUUUGACGACACCAAAUUAGGCGUCAAGGGGCUCGUGGACGCCGCAGUCGCCAAGGUGCCGGAAAUAUUCAGGAUCAGCAACAACAACAACAAACACCAACUACCUUCCGACCUCGACCACAGCUCCUCCGGCUCGGUGCUCACCAUUCCGGUCAUAGAUCUCAAGCACCCAAAUACUACGGCGGCGGCGGCGGUGCGCAGAGAGAUUGUCGGCGGGAUCCGCGGCUCAUGCGAGGAGUGGGGGUUCUUCCAGGUGGUCAAUCACGGGAUCCCGGAGGGGAUUCUGGAUGAGAUGAUCCAAGGGGUCCGGAGAUUCCACGAGCUGGACCCGGAAAUCAAGAAGCGGGACAUAUUGAUCGAAUACAGUAAACAAGUGAAGCAACUGAGUAAGACAAUCUUGGAGCUCCUGUCAGAGGCCCUGGGUUUGGAACCCAACCGGCUGAACCAACUGGGUUGUGGGGCGGGACAGCUGCUCCUUGGCCACUACUACCCAGCAUGUCCUGAACCGGAGGUGACCAUCGGGGUGACGGACCACACCGAUGCCAGCUUCAUCACCAUCCUUCUCCAGGACCAAAUCGGAGGCCUCCAAGUUCUUCAUCGCAACAAGUGGGUCGAUGUCCAACCGAGGAAGGGCGCUCUAGUCGUCAAUCUCGGUGACCUUCUCCAGCUCGUAUCGAAUGACAAGUUUAUUAGCGUGAGCCACAGGGUCGUACCCAAGCGAAUCGGUCCGAGGAUUUCAGUGGCGUGUUUCUUGAGGCCGCUCAUCCACAAAGGGGAUACGGACAGCCCUCCGGUGUACGGACCCAUACCGGAACUGUUGUCGGAAGAAAAUCCUCCGGUGUAUGUAGAAGCAGACGUGAGGGAGUUCAUGAGAAUUCAUUCGUCCAGAGGACUGGAUGAACCGUCGCCGCUCCAACACUUCAGAGUGUAACGAAGCCAACAAUAGCCGGGUCUUGGUCGGAACUUCCCAAUUCCAACAGCUAGGCGUCGGACUUACCUAGUGUUAAGACUUAAGAUAUCCAAGUGUAAAAGAAACCCCUUUCUUUGACGGUCGGAUAAAUAAGUAAACAUCCCGCUUGUUAUGCGUAACAUAUCCAUUGAAUGGCCCAAUGUGUUUUUUUUAUGCGACGGCCGAGUGUUUUCAAACGUGGGUCUUGGUGUUCUUGGCCAAUUCAAUCGAA